GACGACAAAGUCUGUGUGUGGUGAUUUUUGUUAGUAUCUCUCGCGGAGCACAAAGAAAAAAAAUUGUAUACACCCAGAAAAUAUAUUUAAAAAAAUAUAUAAAUUUAUGAAACUUCAGUUCAAGCUAUGUUGUAAACUGCAGCUCAGCGUCAUUUGCUGUACGUGUAGUAGAGUGUGAAACACGUAAGCCAAGUUCCGUGUGCACUGGUGUUGUUGGUUCGGCUGGAUUUGUUGUUGCUGCUCGGCCUGUUUGUUUCGUUCAAUUCAGCUUUUAUCGAUCACACGUUGCGGGGCCGUCGACAGCCAAAGUUUUUCUGUUUUCUGCUGACGCUCAGAAUUUCGAUUUAAUACAAAUUUAACAAUCAAAUUUCAAUGCUUAACAAAUUAUACAAUUGCAUUGCCAUUAUCGACAGCGCCAACAGCGACGGCAACGCCGACGUCGACGCCGAGUACGUACAGCACCCCCAAAAAGCAGUGGUCGCGGCGACGGCGGGCAGCAAUGCAAAAAUGUGCCAUACAUAAAAGCAGCAGCAUGUACAACUAGCCCCAAAAGCAAGAGUAUAGCAAAACGAAAGAGUGCAAAGUCAAAGACAAAAACAAAGUGCAGCCAAAAUUUGCAAUGCCACAACAAUAACAAAAAUACAAUUUUUACUUUGGUCAGUCAGCUGUAUCCAAUACAAAAAUAUACAAGUAAAGAAAAUUAUUAAUAACAAAAAAACAAACUCAUGCACAAGCACAACACAACGUGACAAAUAGCAAAUAUCCACAAAUAUUUAAUAAAUUAAAAUAUUUCCAUAUAUAGUCGCGCUCUCUCUUUCUCUCAGUCGAUAAUGCAUAAGAACUUUAAGUAAUAACAAUUUAACAAUAACAACACACGCACACAUCCCAUAUAACGGCAACUAAAGCUUCGCCACUGACUCCGUGAGAGCAGAACUAAAGAGCGGCAACGCCAUAAGCAUUGUAGAGUGUGGGAGUAGCAGAGAGCGCAUUAAAUGCUGAGCGCGCGCAAAGAUAAAACACAGUAGCAGCAGCAGCAGCAGCAGCAACAGCGACGUCGACAGCGGCCGUUCUAAGGCUCGCAUAACUCGCAACGGCGCCGAGCGCGACACUUCGGCCACGCAUAACAGACAAAUCGACGACUGAGACUCCCUCUGCAACUGCUGGCGGGGGCGAGCGUGUGGGCGCGCGCAAGUGAAAAACGAAAUUGCAAUUAAAAGAAAUUUUGCUCCGAACUUAAAGUUAAAAGCAAAAGCAGAGUGUGUGCGCUUAGGCAACUAACGGCUUAUUAAAAGCAACUCAAAAUCAACAGUAAAACACAAUUAUGGUGGACACCAAUAGCAAUGCGGGCACCACGGCGACUGCUGUUGGCAACUCGGCGGCACGCCUGCGCAAAUUUGAUCGAACCGAUAGCGAAUUAGCCUGCGAGGAAGCGGCACGUCUGACCUCCGAGCAGAACUAUAACAGUCCCGAUGAUGACAACGAUGAGGAGGAGGAUGAUGACGGAGAUGGAGAUGGAGAUGGAGAUGAUGAGGACGAGGUUAGCGUGUACGGCGAAUUGCCGCCACCGCCGGACGGUGGCUACGGCUGGGUCAUUUGCUUCGCCAGCUUCAUGUGCAACAUGAUCGUCGACGGCAUCGCGUACACCUUUGGCGUAUUCCUGAACGAGUUUGUCGCCUAUUUUCACGAGGGCAAAGGCACCGUCGCCUGGGUGGGCAGUCUCCUAUCUGGCGUCUAUCUAAGCGCCGGUCCCAUCGUUUCCGCCCUGGCCAAUAAAUAUGGCUGCCGUGCCGUCUGCAUCGCUGGCAGCAUCAUUGCCUGCAUUGCCUUUGUGCUGAGCACAUUCAGUGGAUCCGUGGGCAUGCUUAUGGCCACCUAUGGCGUCAUGGGCGGCUUUGGCUUUGGCAUGAUCUAUUUGCCCGCUGUGGUGGCCGUGGGAUACUACUUUGAGACGAAGCGUUCUUUGGCCACGGGCAUUGCCGUGUGCGGCUCGGGCUUUGGCACAUUUGCCUUUGCCCCACUGGCCACCUACUUGCUGGAUGAGUAUGGCUGGAAGAAUGCGUUGCUUAUCUUCGCUGGACUGAUACUCAAUUGUGCCAUCUUUGGCGCCAUGAUGCGCCCGCUAACCUAUCCCAAAAAGAAGAAGGUCAAGCCACUGAUGCAGCGCAUGUACGAGGAGAAGCAGAUGCAGCUGGAACGCGGCUCGUUUGCGGGCUCACAUUUUAUGGUGCAGUUGCCCGACGGCACAAUGGAGCGUAAGUUAAAAUUGCCACUGAAUGCCGAUCCUGGUGUCCAUUCCAGCCUCAAUCUGGAGCUGCUGGCCCAGCAAUCUGGAGGACUGCAUCCGGUCUCAACGCUGCCCACCAUCACUGAGUCCAAGGUGGUGGAAUUGAAUGCUCAAUCCCCUCCAAACAAUGGCGCUGCCGAUAGCAAUGGUCAACUGUCCACGCGAUCUGGUCGCCGAUCGCAGCGCAACUCGGAGAACGAGCACAGUCCAUAUCAGUCGCAGGAUGCGAUGAUACGCAAUGCCUCCCAGCCCGCCUUCCUCGCUGGCGAUCACCAAAGUCUUCCCAAAAACGGUUCGGUGCCAUCUUUUAGCCGCGUCCGUAAAACAUCCGGCAGUGAACGUUACCAGCCCUCGCUGGCAGCCAUACGUGCCUCCUCCCGCGCAGACAUCGAAGCGGGUGCCGGCGCCGACUUCAAUACCUCAAAAUUGUCGCUGUCCCAGCGUCAAGGCAGCUCAAGCGGCAGCGGUGGCCGCAUGGUGCGUCCCAUGUCACGCAAAGACAUCUUCUACUCCGGCUCCGUCACAAAUCUGCCUCAAUAUCAAUCCCAGAAGUCUCUCACAAAUUACCGCAACUCAGUGCUGUCGCUCACCAAGUACGAGAAGAGCAUGCAGAGCAUGCGUUUGGAUCCACUUGCGGAGGCGGACAAGCAUCGUGAGGAGUACGAUCUGUGCCCGUGCCUGUGCAUACCCGACUCGGUUAAAUCUGUUGUGAACACCAUGUUGGAUGUGAGCCUACUCAAGGAUCCCGUCUUUAUGCUAAUGGGCGUCUCCAAUGUAUUCGGCAUGGCUGGAUUAUAUGUACCGUUUGUCUACCUGGUGGAUGCGGCCAAGGAGCACGGCAUAGACAAGAACGAUGCCUCAAUGCUGCUGUCCAUCAUUGGCAUCACCAACACCGUGGGACGUGUGGCAUGCGGCUGGGUGGCGGAUCUGCCACAGGUCAAUUCGCUGCUGCUUAACAACAUCUGCCUGCUGAUCUCGACGGUGGCCGUCACAUUGACUCCACUCUGCUACAGUUAUAGCGCCUAUAUAGCUAUGUCAAUCGCCUUUGGAAUUGCCAUUUCCGGCUACAUUUCGCUAACGUCAAUUAUUCUGGUCGAUCUGCUGGGCCUGGACAAGCUAACAAACGCCUUUGGCCUGCUUAUAUUGUUCAGAGGAUUUGCGGCACUGAUUGGCACACCGCUGGCGGGCUUCAUCUAUGAUAUAACCCAUACCUAUGAUCUGCCCUUCUACAUGGCGGGUGGACUGUUCGCCUUGUCAACCAUAACCAGCUUUUUGGCGCCCUGUAUGAAACGCUUUAGUAGCUCGGAUGAGACGCCAGUGCAUCCCGAGACGCUGACGCCCAUCGAUGAGGAACAGGGCGAGGAUGCUGAGGAGGAGGAUGAGGAUCAACCAAUCACCAUAGUGCCCAAGAUCAUCAAAACUCUGGCCAGUCCACAGAAGGAGGAGCCGCCACAGCAAUUCUACGCCACCCAACAGAAACCAUUAACAACAACGGAAUCAAAGCUCUAAGCAACAAGAAUUUAAAACAAAGCAGAAACACAAACAAAUAAUAUAAAUAAAUUGAUGAAAGAGAUUGAAGCGGAAUGUAAGAAUGAAAGCGUAUGAAUAAGAAUAGAGUGCGAUAUUUUUCUAGCAACUUUAUACAAAGAAGAGCCAAGUCGAAGGAGGAGCACAGGAGCACAGCAGAGCCGAAGAGUAGGAGCAGGAGAGCAAAGAGCGCACCAGUUUAGGCAGGGGCAGGCCCAGGUCCAGGUCCAGGUCCAAAGCGAAAAGUAUUGUAAAGAGAGCACACAAAGAAAACUAUAUACAAAAAGCGCAUAUAUAUACCGUUUAUAUAUGUAUAUAACGAUACCGAUACCGAAACUAUGCCUAAGCAACUAUUCAAUAUACAUACAACUAAUUAUAUACAUAUGUUAUAGAUUUGCUUGAUGGCAAAAAGGAAAUUCAAGAAAACUUGGCUUAGCUUCGAUAAGAUUGUAGCAGAGCUCUGCUGCCAUAUAUAAAUAUUAGCUAUAUACAUACAAAUAUAUAUAGAAAGAAAAAAAGUAAUAAUAAUAAUUACACGCUCAUAAAUGGAAAAAAAAGAACAACUAUAGAAACUAGAAACUUUGAUAAACUCUGAUUGAUUAUAGUUUCAACUGUUAUACAACAAUAGCAACAACAAAAGCAAAAACUAGAUUGUAAACUAUUUUUAUUAUUUGUUUGAUAAAUUUUACGAUUUUUAAAAUACUAUUAUGUACCAUUACUAUUAUUAUUAUUACUACCAUUGCUAUUGUAUUUGUUAUAUGUAUCAUAAUAACUCUCGAUCUAUAUUAUUACUGCUAUAACUGUUGUUGUGCAUUCGUUGUUAUACCGCAAGUUUUUUAAUGUGUCAUACGGCCUAGUUGUAGUAGGAAAAAACCAAGUAGCAAAUAGCAGAAAAAAACAAACAAAUGUAAACCUUUCUAUGGUAGUAGUUAGUUAUUUUUUCGUAUGUAUAGAAAGAAGGUAAAGCGAUAAACUUGUAAGCAAAUUAGGAGAGGAGCAACAACUAUUAAAAACACAAUGCUAACUAAUAAAUUUUGUAAUAAAAAUUAUUUUAAAGAAAAAACUCAACAAAAAAAAUGAAAUUGUUUUCAAUUUUAUCUAAUAAUGUAGCUUAAAACAGUAAACAAAAAACAAAUGGAACAUUUUAUGGCUCAUAUUUUGUACACUAUUGAAAUUCAAAAAUUUAAGCAAAUACUAAGACAAGUCCCAAGUCCAUGACAAAACAAAUUUUUAAAGGCUUGUGCGUUUUGUUAUACACAAGUACUAAAACUACAAACAAAAUAUACAUAUAGAUGUGUUAUAUAUAUUAUAUAUAUUUUAAAGCUAAUCAAAUGUAUAGUGUAUACCACACAUAAAGAGCAACAAAUGCAGUUUUACACCAUUUACACACACUUACACAUGCUCCUAAUUGAUAACCAAAUAAAACUGUUAUACGCAUCAAAGAAUUAUUGAGCGCUGAGCUAUGCAAGCAAAAUGAGAAAACAAAAAAAUAAAAAAUAUAAAAAAAAAAUAUGCAAACACAAA